CUUCUUCUUCGAGGCUGCUGCCGUCGAACCAGUUUCGUCGUGGAUCGUGUGAGUUGUCCAACAGCUUCUCUUCGUGUUGUCGAUUUGCUUCGAAAUUCGGUGGGAUCUGGGAUCUCCAAGCAGUUUAGUAGUCCGAGAUGGAGUUGUAGUUUGGGUUCCUCCUCCUCCUCUUGUCGGCUGUGUUUGUCUACACACUCUGGAGCUGAAGAAAGGGCGCAAUAGUCGAGGAGAAGAAGAAUCUGUCGGAAAUUCUGAGCAGGACGAAGAGGACAUCUUCCGUACGAAAGGAUCGAGUGCGAGGAGGGAGGGAGGGAGGGAGGGAAUGAAGGACUGAGCGGGCGACGCGACGAGAGGAAGCUUGUUGGGGAGGGAGAAUCGAGGAGAGAGGUAGGGGAGUUAUAGAAGGCAGAAGCUCAAUUGAAAAAAACUAAUCGGCAGAUAGGGGCUGGAAUUGAGGCAACAUGAGGGUUCCGGCGUGGUCUUACCCGAUUAAAGGGUUCUAUUUCUUUUUCAGACACGGGCAUCGGUUGUGGCACCGCGUGGUUAGGUUUGUGAUUGAAGUUAUCUUAGCUAUCGUGGGGAUCCUGUUCUCGCUGUUCUAUGUUACGUUCCCAAUGCAGCACGAUUUGAUCGUCAGAUUUCUUCCGUACUGGAUGGGUGCUCCGGGUGCGAUUGCAAUGAUUCUUCUCGAGACUGCGAUCGCCAUCGUUUUGUUGUUCCAGUACCGGCUCGAGAGUGCGCAGCGAAAGCUGUUCAUCGAUGUUUUGGCGAUCCGCAAAGUUCAGGUCCAGCCCGCGUCACCGGACGAGCAUGCCUGGCUGCAGGAGAGACUGAUACCGCAGCUCGUCGGGGUGCCAGCUGAAGCCCCGAUGAAGAAGGUUGCUCGUCAGAAAAAACCGCAGGGAUACCUGAGCAAAGUUCUCACAGAAGAUGAGCACCCCAUCAUGCAUUUUCUCAUCACACUUCCUCUGAAUUUUGUCCCUGUGGUGGGAAAUGCCAUAUUUUGCUGGCUGAAUGCUUUUCCGACUGCCAUCAGCUUACAUCACUACUAUUUCACCGAGAUGAAGGGGUUGAGUUCCGAGGAGUUUUCAGCCGUGGUGCACGCCAAGAAACCUCAGUACCAGCACUUCGGUUUCAUAGCCUCCGCGUUCAGUCUGGUGCCUGGGCUGGACGUCAUUCUCGUUCUUACGAACGCAGUAGGUGCAGCAUUGUGGGUUGCCGACAUGGAGAAGACUCGGGGGAGCAUCAAGACUAAAUGGGCUUUGGAUUGGUAUGACAAGGGUGGAAGAUCUUACGGUACAUUUGCUCCCUCGUCAUCAGGAGAGUCAUCCCACAGCCAAGUUUGAGGAUGAGAAAUGGGGAAAUGGGGAAUUUGGGACCUAGCUAGGUCGAUUUGGAGGUGAAAGAACUCAGAAGCUGAAAAGUGGCUCCUGACAAGGGUGGGUAGCUAGUGAUUUUCAUUCUAUCUUCUUACCUAUUUCAUUAUUCGGAUGUGCAUUUGACUGAGCCUAUUGAGUUCAAUGUAUAGUACCUCAUUCGUCAGAUGAGCUGCACCAUCAAGCCGGGAUUGUGUGCUCAAAGCUGCUGUAAUCUACUGUUUUAUAUACUGGGGAUCCCCUAAGGAAGUAUUCCAAGACUUGAGCCAGUCAAGAGUUUAUGAGCUUAGGUCAUCGGCUCCAGAACGACACCCGGGAACUCCAUCCUUCAAACUUUUCAUGAGGUUUCUGUCAUGCAGAAACACUAACCGUCGAUGCAUCGACUUGAAGAUUGUAUGUCAUAGGAAAUCGUUGUUCUUCAAGAUUAUUUGUGAGUCUACCGUAUACCUAAUGUCAAAACAAGUGUAGAUAAAAGUCUACUGCGGUCCCUAGCACGUUGCCAAGGCAAAUUGAUGGUGGUCUCAACGUCGCGUGUUUCAUAUCCUUCUAUGCAAAUUAUUCUUUAGCACCAGCUGUUCUGAAUGCAAGGCCCUGUUGGCGCGAUUAUUGUCAUGUGGGCUUUGCUCCAGUUAAAAAUCAGCUCAAGUCCUUUAGAUAACGUUUUCGUUACCUGAAGAGGUAGGAUCCUUCAGUUGAUUCAGCUGUAUGUCCUUCUGUCAGGAAAUCACCCGAGGCCUGUGUUGAUUUCUAUGUCGUACCCUAAACACUGUAAAACAGCGCCUGUAGGCGAAAUCUUGUUAAUAUUCAAGUAGGAGUAUGCCUUUCCAUCCC